AUGGAUGUGUUGGAUGAGCUCGAUGUCGUUCUAAGCCGAUUGGAGCCAGAUAUUGGAUGUAAUGAGUCAACAGAUGUUAGUGAUAAUGAGGAAGACAAAGAAGAAGAGUUGAAUAAAAAUAAUGCUGGCGAUGGGAUGGAAGAUGACAAUACAAUUACAUGUCAUAAUAAGGAUUCGCAUAACACCAGGACUGGAUGUGAACAUGCGUUAACAAUAAUAACAACUGGUAACCAGGAGGACAACAUGAGAAUUUCACAUGAGGUUGGUGAUACAAGUUCUCCGUGUCACGUAGCACAUGAACAAAUUGAACAUAUUGCUGCAUCCUCAGAAGCUAAAAAGAGGUUGAAUUUUAAUGUGGAUGUUAUAAAUCUGAGUAUGCCGGAUCGUGCAAGACCAAAGGGCCGGACAAUCAAAAAUUCAGAAGAUAGGGUUAUGAGACUAGGUGCGAAAGGAGAGAAAAAGAAGAAUAGGAGAUGCCAUUUGUGUGGAAUAGCAGAUGGGCAUAACAGCAGAACAUGUCUGUCUGUGGAAGAGAACAGGGCAAGGCUAGCAAAACUGUCUAAUCGAAAGAGAGGACGGCCAGCCGGAUCAAGACUAAACAAUAAAUCAACUGCUCCACAGUGGAAUGAAACAUCGACUGCAAAAAAACAUCGUAUUGAUGAAGAAGUGGAAAAUGAAGAAGCCGAUGAACAUAUGGAUUUGGGCGAAUAA